AUGGCACAGUUAGCCAAAUGGGCGACGCGUCUCUUGCGCCCAGCUCCGUUGACCCCUUUACGAUUUCCCACUGACUUCAAGGCUGGCAAUUACUGUCCCGUCAACAUUGCAGAUCUCUCUGCCUCCAACAAGUACGAGUCGUCGGCAAGCUCGUGCUUUGGGUCAAUUUCGACGGUUUGGCUAGCACGAAAUCUGCAGAAACACGGUUUCGUUACCCUAAAGAUCUUCGCGCGAGGUCAUGGAGAGACAUGCAGAGACGAAUUCCAGACUUACGAGGCCAUCGACAAGGCGACUCCCUUGCAUCCUGGACACCGGCAUGUGAGAACCGCCCUUGAGACGUUUACUAUCGAUCGUCCUGGGGGUGAUCAUCAGUGUUUGGUACAACGACCCAUCCUGCUCAAAGGCGGCCUCCAACACCUCCUCUGCGCGCUUGACUACCUGCACACCGAGUGCAGACUGGUGCACACAGGUAAUCUGACAUGCGAAAACAUCAAGGCCGACAACAUCCUGCAUGCAUCUAAUGCAGACGAGGGCAUGCUCAGAACCUUUGUUGAGGAGGAGCCGAAGACGCCGUUUCCCCGCAAGUACGUCGAUGGUUCGCCAAUGUACAUGUCCCAGCGCUUCGGUCUACCUGAAGAUUUCGGGAGGAUCGUGCUCAGCGACUUCGGGGUCGCUGUGGGGGUUGACGUGAAGUGGAAUCACGACGCGCAGCCUCGCCGGCCACUAGUUCUAGGCCGGGAUCCGAACGGUCAAGGUUACACGACGCGGGCGCACCUCGCCGAGGUGGUCGGGCUGCUAGGGCCACUGCUCCUGGACCUGCUUGAGCGCCGGAUUCGGAGCAAGGAGUUCUUCUCGGAGGAUGAGGUCAUGUUCUUGGACUUCGUGAAGGGAAUGCUGGCUUGGCGACCCGAGGACCGCAAGACGGCACGAGAGCUGCUCGAUGACCCGUGGUUAAACACCUGGAAGAUCUCGGAUUAG